CACCACACACAUGCAUUAGUAACAUAUUAGUGUAUGUUGAUGUCUGUAUAGAUGUAUGUCGAUGAAAGGAAGUGGUUGCCUCCGUGUACUCGGGUAGUUAACUACGCAGCGCCUCCUGCUUCAGUCGGACAGAACUAAACGACAAAAUGGCUGACCGGCAUGAUUUACCCUACCAAGCUGAGUACGCAAAAAGUAACCGUUCUACUUGCAAAGCAUGCAAAACUGGCAUCAAACAAGGCAAUCUUAGAAUGGCAGUUAUGGUUCAGUCACCUGUAUUUGAUGGAAAGGUGCCAAACUGGUUCCAUUUUGCCUGUUUCUGGAAGAGAUCCCGUGUUUCUAAUCAUCAAGAAAUACACAACUUUGACUCGUUACGUUGGGAAGACCAAAAAAAUAUCAAAGACAAAAUAGCAGGUGGGAGUGGUGGAAUUAAUGAGAAAAGUGCUGCGGCUGGUGGCUCCGGACCUGCUGUUAGUGAUUUCAAAGCUGAGUAUGCGAAAUCAAACCGGAGCAAGUGUCGAGACUGUGAAGAGAAAAUAGAUAAAGAUGUUUUACGCAUAUCAAAGAAAGAUUUUGUGAGUGAAAGGGCAAAGAUGUGUGGCCCACAUGACACCUGGUACCAUGUUGACUGUUUUGUUAAAAGCCGUGAUGUACUGGAAUUUGGAGACAAGGGUGUUGAUGACAUUGUAGGUUACAAAACCCUGAAGAAGGAAGAUCAAAAGGAAUUGGUGGAGAAACUGGGCAAAGGGACCAGUGCCAGUAGCCAGAAGAGAAAGGAAGAAGACAAAUCUAAAGCAGAAGCCAAGAAACCCAAAAAAGAAACAGAAGAAGAGAAACAAUUGAAGGUACAAAACAAACUAUUGUGGGGAUUCCGGGAUAAAUUAGAGAAAGAAGUCUCUGUUGAAGCUCUGAAAGUUUUAUUGGAGUUAAAUGAACAGGCAGUAACCUCAGGUGAGAGUAAGUUAUUAGAUGCUGUUUCUGACUGUAUGGUGUUUGGUGCCCUCGCAAAAUGCCCGGAGUGUCCUGAAGGAAAACUUACAUUCAAGAGUGAUGGUUACCGGUGUACAGGAAAUAUAACAAGUUGGACGAAAUGUUCCUAUGUCACACGCACACCUAAACGUAAAGCAUUUAAGAUUCCAUCGGAAUAUCAUGAUGCAGAUGUCUUGAAGAAAUAUAAAUACAAGAAGCGAGAUCGUGUAUUUGCUGCUGAAACUGCGUCUUCAAAGGAAGGUCCUGUCAGUUCUGUGGAUGUGCUGGAUGGAUUGCCAUCGAAACCAUUGAAAGGAUUGAAGUUUGCUAUUGUUGGAAACCUAGAUUUUUCAGAAGAACAGAUUACUCAGAACAUAUGUAAUAUGGGAGGUCAAAUUGUGACCACAAUUGAUAAUAACUUAGCUGCUUGCAUUAGCAAUAAAGAGUCAAUAAGUAAACCAAAUAAACAAAUAAAAGCUGCCAAAAAAGCUGGAGUUCAAGUCGUGAGUACAGCAUUCCUUGAGGAUGUUAAGAAAGGAGGAGUACUUUUAAUGAUCCAGAAACACAAUUUAGCUCCAUGGGGAGAUGAUCCACAAAAAAGAAUAAUUGUGCCGUACGCUUCUAAAAGUGGAGCUAGCAAUACUAGAAACGAUACCCAUUUCACGAAGAGUAUCCCAGAAAAGUUGAAAAUGAUGGUGAAAGGAGGAGCUGCUGUUGAUCCAGACUCAAAACUGGCAGAAACUGCUCAUGUCAUAGAAGAUGGUGGAGAUAUUUAUAACGCUGUGCUAGGCUUAGUAGAUGUAACUUCAGGAACUAAUUCUUACUAUAAAAUCCAAGCCUUGGAAUCUGAUAACAAAAGAGGUUGGUGGGUUUUCCGAUCAUGGGGCCGUGUUGGCACAACAAUUGGAAGUAACAAAAAAGAAUCAUUUAGUUACCGCGCUUCGGCUAUCCAGGAAUUUAAAGACUUGUAUUACAAGAAGACUAACAAUCAAUGGUCGGAAAGGCAUAAUUUCCAGAAGUUUCCCAAUAAAUUUUAUCCUCUAGAUAUAGACUAUGGACAGGAUGAUGACAAUAUAAAGAAAUUGGAUUUAAGCAAAAGUACUUCCACAUUACAUAAAUCCAUUCAGGAUCUUAUUUGUAUGAUUUUUGAUAUUGAAAGCAUGAAAAGGGCUAUGAUGGAGUUUGAGAUUGAUUUGAAGAAAAUGCCUCUUGGGAAAUUGUCUAAAAAGCAAAUAGAAUCUGCUUACAAAGUUCUAAAUGAACUUACAGAGUUGGUUGAAAAGAAAAGUUCCGUAUCCUUGUUUUCUGAUGCUUCCAACCGUUUUUACACUUUAAUACCUCAUGACUUUGGUUUGAACAAACCUCCUCUAUUGGACACAAAUGAAAUAAUUAAGCAAAAAAUCGAAAUGUUGGAUAAUUUGUUGGAAAUUGAAGUUGCCUAUAAUUUACUGAAAGGUGGUGACGAUGGAAAUGAAUUGAUUGUUGAUUGAUUUUGUUUAUUGUAGUACAUAGAAAAGACUUCUAAUGAAUUUGACCUAAUUACUAAAUAUGUGCAGAACACACAUGCAGUUACACACAACCAGUAUGGACUGGAAGUUGUCGAUGCAUACAAACUUGAACGACAAGGAGAAAAGGAACGUUUCCGUCCAUUUGAAGAGUUAGCAAAUCAUAAACUGCUUUGGCAUGGAUCUCGAGUUACCAACUUUGCUGGUAUUUUGUCACAAGGUCUGCGAGUAGCACCCCCAGAAGCACCAGUGACUGGUUAUAUGUUUGGUAAAGGCAUUUAUUUUGCUGAUAUGGUAUCCAAAAGUGCAAACUAUUGUCACACAAGCAAAAAUGAUCCAGUGGGUUUGAUACUUCUGUGUGAUGUUGCCCUAGGAAGCAUGUAUGAGCUAACAUCUGCUAAUUAUGUGACAUCUUUGCCAAAGGGCAAACACAGCACUAAAGGAUGUGGUAGGACAGUUCCUAAUCCUACUGGUCGACAGAUGGUUGAUGGUGUUGAAGUCCCAAUGGGCAAAGGUGUUCCAUCAGAUAUCAACAACUCUAGUCUUUUGUACAAUGAAUAUAUUGUGUAUGAUACUGCUCAAGUGAAAAUCAAAUAUUUGCUUAGAUUGAGGUUUAACUACAGAUGGUGAAUGUGCCUUUACAGUGAUGAAACCGAAAGAGAGAGACUGAAUGAAAGCUACAGAACUGACACCUUUUAUCUACUUUGUUUUAAUCUGUGAUUUCUAAUAAAAAAAACAACCCCUUUUUCUCUGCCUUUGAUGACACAGCUGUCUAGCACCGUUGACAUAAACUGCUUUCUCAUUUGUUCUUACUCCAUGAUGGCAACUAUUAUGUUAAAUCUCAUUUGUGUUUCACAUACUACAUAAAACACUAUUUUAUACAGGAUUUUACUAAAUUUUUUAUCUGAUUUUUAGUUAGUAUUUUCCUAUUUGUUGAAUUUUUUCCCCACCUCUCCAAACAUGUGACUUAUUUACUCUUAUUGUUAAAAACUACAGUGAUAGUGAAAAUUUAUCCAAUAAAUAAUCAACUAUUUUCUAAUUUCAAAGUAACUAUUAGUUUAUGUUCACCUUUCUGAUUCAUUCUUCUAUUUCAUAUUGUUGAUCAUAAAAUAUAUUAACUCAUGGAUGUGGUAGAAAUAAAUUCAUAUUUUCCACCACUUUAAACACCUUUGUGAUUUUAGAUUAAUUGCUGCUAAUCUUUAACCCUUUAGUAUUAAGAUUACUCUGUCAGAUUUAAUGCCAGUUUAUCCACGUUUUUUUUUUAUUGAUCCUACAUUAUCUCAUGGUUUUGAGAUUUCAAUGAUGUGAUUGCUCAUUUUUAGAAUGACAUUGUAAGGGACACAUGAAAGUCCGAAUCUGGCUGGUUUAAGCUUAAAACAGAUGGAAUAUGUGGGCCAGGUAUGGCCAGUUAAGAUGCUAGAGGGUUAAAAUUUUUCAUUUUGUUCUAAUAAAUUUCUGAAUAAUCCUUCUUUGGAAGCAUUACAUCUAUUUAUAGACACAAAAAAAUAAGUUCCUUUCAGUUGAUUUUGUUUUAAAUGUUAUAUCUCUCAACUCUUUAUUUUUAUUAUUUUUGUUUUUAGCACAUUCCAAAUUAAUCUAAUACUCAUUGCUAAGUUGAGAGUUAAUAAUUAUAAAUGAAGUAAUGAAAUCAUAUUAAAGACAGUUUGUAAAAUUAAUGAAAACUUUGGACUGAUAUCAUCCCAGGUGACAUUCAUUCUCUAAUGAAAUAUUUGAUCUUGAUACUCUAAUAAAUGAAUUGGAAAAGGAUAAGGUUUAUUUAACUUUCUCCGAUGAGUAAUUUUUCCCUUCAUUUUUCAUGGGGAGGAAAGGUACUGUUGAGUUCUUUGUCCAGGUAUAGGACAGUGUUAUUAAAAAAAUGAAGAUUACUGUUAGGUCGAAUGUCUUAUUCAGAAGAUCGUUAUAUUUCUUCAUAACUUUCAUAGAAUUCAUUUUGAUUUCUUUUUUCUUGUCUUCAAAAUAUUCCUUAAAAUGUUUCCUUUUGUGGAUAAUUCCUUGACAUAACUUGGUUACAUUUCUACCAAGAUAUCACCAGCCCCCAAAAAUCAUUUACUUUAAAAAUGUGCUUAUUUUAAAAAGUAGUCAAGUGAUUUUUUUUUUUCUAUUCCAACUGUGCCUCAUUGUUGUAAAUUUAUCCAACUUUCUAAUAUUGUUUAAAACCCAUUUAUAUUCAGGUUUUCCUUGAUUAAUUCUUCCUCUCUCAUUUCAUUUUCAUUUGACCAUUUUCUUCUAUGCAAGUUGUUUUUAUUUUUUUACAUUUUUACUUGAAAGUAUUAGAGAUGAAUUUUCUUGUUAAUACUGCUAAAAGCUUUCUUGUUGGCCAUUCUGUGAUUAUGUUUAUUUUUGACAUCAUAUCACUUAAUCCCUUAUGUUCACCUUUUUAUAUUUUAUAAUCAUAUGAAACAUCAGGAAAUUGUUGUAUAAUGUGUAUUCUCAUAGUUAAACAAAUAACAUAACCAUUUAUUCAUGACUUUACUCGACUUCUGCUAUUGCACGUAGUUGACAAGAAUUUAUGCUACCAGCACUGAAUUUUUCAGGCUGCUGCUAGCUGUCAAAAUGCUGCUGCACACCUCUGCAGUGGUCACCACAACUUGUGAAAGGAAAGUCGUUUUUGAAAAAUAAUUUUAUAUCAUGCAUGGGUUGUAUGAAAUUGAUAAUAAAGAAUUUCUGUUGUAAUAAAAAAAAAAUUGUUUAUUAUAUUUUUUAUUUUUUUAAACUUUUUUUUGGCAUAAUUAUAAAUUUUUUGCUGGAAACAUAUUACUUAGAGAAGUAACCACAAAGUUUUAACAUUUAUUGUGCAACCAAGCAUACAACUAUGGAAAUACAUUUCUUCAAAUACCAUUGCAUACUACUGUAUAGGACACUAUUAAUGUUACUUGGGUACAUAACCAUUUACCAGUAGAAUCUGGUGCAAUAUCAUGUAAUAUUGGUUUUAUUUAUUUUUUUAAACUUGUUUCAGUCAUUAGUAAGAUAGGGAUCAAAAGAGUCGACCUAAGUAAGAUAGGGAUCAAAAGGGUCCGUAGGGAAAAAAUGGUUGAGAACCACUGUUCUAAUGCAAGAAAAUUUUUCCAAAAAUAUUGUUUAUAAACUACUUGUAAUUUAAUUAUGUAAAUCAGCAAGCUAAUUAAAACUUUGUCGAUGACUA